AUGCCGCCAAAACGAAAAAAAGCUGGACCGCCAAAGGAGGAAAUAGCUAAUGAGUCGGAGGAGGAUUCUCUCGCGAAAAGGGUACACAAAGAUCCAAAUCUUUGGAAAGAUUUUAUUGAUGCUCACUUCGCGGCGGAUAGACUUUCAACUUUGACGCUCCCAAAGACGUCUAGAACGACGUCUAAAUACAAGUUACCGAGUUUGGGUGACAUAGUUCAUUUCAAGGGAUGCGACGAGUUGGAGACACCAAUUGGCAAAACAAUACGACCAGAAGACGCUGGAUGGAGUGAUCGUUUAACAUUAAAUUAUCGAAGAUUACUGGAACAAUCGAGUGACAUCGAUGAAAAUGCUAACUCUGAAAUCUUUUCUUUGUUAUCACAAUAUGUUGAUUUCACUGGAAAUCCAUCUGCAUCAUCUAACUAUAGAUUAUGCUAUGUUGGACAUUUGCUGAACCACGUGAUAAAGACGAGGAAUCUAAUCUUGCAAAAUAAAAAGAAACUGGAAGAGAUCGACGAGAUAAACCUUGACGAUGCUACGCUUCAAUCUACAAGAGAUCAAGGCUUUGUGCGUCCCUGCGUAUUAGUUCUACUACCUUUUCGCAAGGAUGCAUUCGAGGUUGUUAACAUCAUGGAAUCGCUAGUAUUUGGAGGAGGAGAGAAACCGAAUGUUGCAAACAGAAAGCGGUUUAAAGAUGAGUUCGGUGAUACUGGUUAUAGAGUAUCAGGUGCUCGGCUUGUUGAAGAAACAUUUCGGGAUACCAUGGAAGGAAAUGUGGAUGAUUGUUUCCGAAUGGGCGUUGCAAUCUCUAAAAAAGAAUUAAAGUUGUACUCACCUUUUUCGAAAUCUGACAUAAUUUUGUGUUCACCACUUGGCCUUCGAAUGAUUUUAAACGGAGAUCAAGGGGAUGAAAGCCAGUUCAUCUCAUCAAUUCAAAUUGUUGUGGCUGAUAAGUGUGAUGUUCUGUUACAACAAAAUUGGGAACACGUGAUUACGAUUUUCAAAUGGUUAAAUAAGAAACCAAAGCAGAUAGAAGCCGACAUACGGCGUGUGCGCACUCUAUAUUUGGACGGUACGGCGGCUCAUUAUUGCCAAACUUUGUUAUUUGGUGAUUAUCAACAUGAACAGUUCACAUCGCUGUCGUUGAAGCACUCGUUGAGUCAUUGCGGUCUUGUUCUACACUAUCCAACAGUGGAGGGGGUUUUGGACAAGGUGAAUAUUCCGAUUUGUCAGGAACUUCAUCGGAUCAACGUUAAAAAUGCUGAGGAGAGUAGUGAUGCUCGCUUCCAGUAUUUUAAGGAUAAACUUCUUGGCAAACUUGAAAUGCACACGAUGAUCUUCAUACCAUCAAGAAAUGUCGAGAGUUUCGUCCAAUGUCACGAAUAUGCACCAGAUAACAAGAUAAGUCGCGCACGUGACUUAUUCUACCAUGGAAAGAAGAAAUUAUUGUUGGUUACGGAACGAUUUCACUUUUUCAAGCGCUUUCAUCUUCGGGGAGCCAAGAACAUUUUGUUCUAUCAAUUACCAAAUGAUCCAAGUUUCUACGCAAAUAUGAUCAAUAUGUGCUCCUCUGAUGGAAUGCGUGUGAAAGCGAUCCUUCCCUUCUCUCAAUUUGAUCGUUUGCGACUUUCGAAUGUUUUUGGAAAACAAAUGGCUGCAGGAAUCUUGAAAUCGGAGAAACAAAUUCAAGCCAUAGUUUCGGAG